UCGGCACAGCGCCUCCUCUCUGCUACCAACCCGCGCCUGCCCCCCCCCUGCAGCCUUGCCGACCCAGCCCAUCCCGUUGCUUGCUGGGGCCGCUAACAGAAUUUCGGUGGUGCCGCCAGUCUCCCUCGCCAAACUGGAACAGCCAGCUGCUCGACCCUGCCGCUAUGUUGUGCUCUGGCCCACGGCCUGACUAUCUCCAGGUUGGAGACGGUGAUCCUCUUGGCGAGUAUAGCCUCAUCAUCAUCGACCAGCCCGACCCAGAGCGCACCCCGAGGUGCAUCCCCACGGCGGCCAGCUGCUCCGUCAGCCCUGUGCCAAUCUUGAGACUUGUCUUCACAGACCAGAGUGGAGUGACAUUCAACAAUAGCGCACAUCCUGCCUUUGCUGCACCCCACCGCUUUGUAGUUCAUGCUGAGCUCUUCCCGGAAGCAGUGGAGCCGCUUGCCGGCAACCUGAAUGGCGAAGCUGGGCUGCCUCCGCCAGCGCUCUUUGGACAAACCGUCUCCGAGAGCAUUUACGCUCGCGAUACCGAGGGACGACCGGGCGUCUUUUUCGUCUUCAACAACCUGAACGUCCGGGGCGAAGGACCCUUCCGCCUCCGGUUCCAUCUGGUGGAUCUAAAGCUCCACAAUGCCUUUCCCAUUCCCGUCAGGGGCUCGUCGGUCACAUCCUCGGUCUUCCAGUCUCCCAACAGGAGGGAAUUUUCUGAUAUGAGCCAGCUUGCCCGCUGUCUCAUCGACCAGGGCGUCAUCAAAAUCGUUCGAAGACCGUACCAGGACGACGAUUGAAAGUCUCGACCGAUGGCUCUCUCUCUCUCGCCCGAAGCAGUGUUGUGGCAACGGCCG